AUGGCCGACCCCAAGGGCAACAGCACCAUCCAUGAAUUGCUACAUCUUAUACCUCAUGACAUGGCAACUCAGAAUCAGGAUAAUUACUUGAAUGACAAGAUUCAAACCUUGGGUACUCAACUCAAUCCGAAUGAGUGGAGUCAUGCUGACAAACUCAAUGAACCCACAAAGCUGGCAGCAGAAUUUAAGAGUUCAAAAGAACAUCAACGGACUCCUACUGAAGAAGAGACUGCAGAAGCCUUCAUUCCCUUUUCUCAUGAAGAACUCUUGGAGACCUUACCUUCUAAACAAAAUGGCUGGGUUUUGAAGCCCAAAGUAUUGAAGCACAAGCCUAAUGAAUUGGUGGCAAACACUUUGAAAUAA